AUGUGGAAAGCCUCAGCCGGCCACACUGUGUCCAUCACCCCGGACGACGGGGGAGCUGACGACUGGGAGACUGACCCCGAUUUCGUGAAUGAUGUAAGUGAAAAAGAGCAGAGAUGGGGGGCCAAGACCGUGCAAGGAUCUGGGCACCAGGAGCACAUCAACAUCCACAAGCUGCGGGAGAAUGUGUUUCAAGAACACCAGACCCUCAAGGAGAAGGAGCUGGAAACAGGACCCAAAGCCUCGCACGGCUACGGAGGGAAGUUUGGCGUGGAGCAAGACAGGAUGGACAAGUCGGCUGUCGGCCAUGAGUAUCAGUCAAAGCUCUCCAAGCACUGCUCGCAGGUUGACUCCGUCCGGGGCUUUGGAGGCAAGUUUGGUGUCCAGGUGGACAGAGUGGACCAGUCUGCUGUGGGCUUUGAGUACCAGGGGAAGACCGAGAAACACGCCUCGCAGAAAGACUACUCGAGCGGUUUCGGUGGCAAGUAUGGCGUGCAGUCCGACCGCGUGGACAAGAGUGCCGUGGGCUUCGACUACCAGGGCAAGACGGAGAAACACGAGUCACAGAGAGAUUACUCCAGAGGUUUCGGUGGCAAGUAUGGUAUCGACAAGGACAAGGUGGAUAAGAGCGCAGUCGGCUUCGAGUAUCAAGGCAAAACGGAGAAGCACGAGUCCCAGAAAGACUACGUGAAAGGCUUCGGGGGGAAGUUUGGUGUGCAGACGGACAGACAGGACAAGUGUGCCCUCGGCUGGGACCACCAGGAGAAGCCCCAGCUGCACGAGUCCCAGAAAGAUUAUAAAACUGGUUUCGGAGGCAGAUUUGGUGUUCAGUCCGAGAGGCAGGACUCCUGUGCUGUGGGGUUUGAUUACAAGGAGAAACUGGCCAAGCACGGGUCCCAGCAAGACUACUCCAAAGGCUUCGGUGGGAAAUACGGGGUGCAGAAGGACCGGAUGGAUAAGAAUGCCUCCACCUUUGAGGACGUUGCCGCGGUGUCCUCAUCUUACCAGAAGACUGUCCCUGUUGAAGCAGUGAACAGCAAAACAAGUAACAUCAGAGCGAACUUCGAAAACCUGGCGAAGGAGAAAGAACAGGAGGACCGGCGGAAGGCCGAGGCGGAGCGGGCGCAGAGGAUGGCUCAGGAGCGGCAGGAGCAGGAGGAGGCACGGCGGCAGCUGGACGAGCAGGCCCGGGCCCAGAAGCCCACGCCGCCCGCGUCCCCCACACCCCAGCCGGCUCAGGAGAGGCCAGCAUCGAGCCCCGUCUACGAGGACGCAGCUCCGUUGCGGGCUGAGCCGAGCUCCGGCGCCGAGCCUGAGCUGGGCUACAGCGUGGAGACCACAGGGUACCCGGAGGCCUACGUCUCGGAGGCUGUCUACGAAAGCACGGAGGCGCCGGGCCGCUAUCAAGCAGAGGAAGGUACCUACGAUGAAUACGAGAAUGACCUUGGGAUCACUGCCAUCGCCCUCUACGACUACCAGGCUGCGGGCGACGAUGAGAUCUCCUUCGACCCCGAUGACAUCAUCACCAACAUCGAGAUGAUUGACGAUGGCUGGUGGCGCGGGCUGUGCAAGGGCAGGUACGGGCUCUUCCCCGCCAACUACGUGGAGCUGCGGCAGUAG